AUGAGUUCGAAUUUUAAACGUGAAAGCGGAACACUUGAUAGUUUUUUUAUGCCCCGAGAAAAAAAACCUAAAAAUGCGACUAAUACUGCCAUUUGUGCUACUAGUUCACACGAGCUAGUGAUGCCCAAUGAAGAUAAUUUUGUUAGUGAUAGUCAAAUCGAUAAUCAAAUACAAGAUGUAUGGGAUACUUCCAAAAUUUGGCCUGCAUUAUGGACAAAAGAACAGGUAAUAGAGUUUCAAAAGAAAAACUCAUGGUUAAGUAGCAAAAAUGGGAAACUAGGAUGUAAUAAUUGCAUUCAAGCUAAAAAUAGUAUCAAUUUUCAAAAAUCUAACAUCGAUAGCAAAGUUCGAAUUUCUUCUGAGUGGGUAGGCUUUGAAAUCAUAGCUGCUGGGUGUAAUCGUACAAAUCAACUGGCUUCAUUAAGAAAUAAAAUUAAACAACAUUCAGAAAGCAAAGCUCAUGUGUUAGCUGAAAACAUAUUGAAAAAAAGCUCAGACAAAGUAUUAGAUAAAAUGUUCGAACGUAUAUCUGAAGUAGAGAUUGAUUCCAAUACGCGACUUUUUAGAACUGUAUAUUGCUUGGCAAAAAAUCACCGUCCCUUUAAACAGUUUGAAGAACUUGUUCAAUUACAACAAAUCAAUGGAUUGGACAUGGGAUCUUCCUUACAUAGCAGAAUAACUGCCACUCGAAUGGUAAACGUCAUUGCAAAGGAGAUGCGCAAACGACUUAUUUUACGCCUUAUACAGUCGAAUUCGAAAUUUACCAUAAUGAUUGACGAAUCAACAACGCUGAGUACCAAAUGUACACUAAUUUUGUAUAUUUCAUCAUAUUUUGACGUAGAAUCGCCGGUUGUAGCAUUCUUAGACCUGAUUGACUUAGAUAGACAAGAUGCUGAAACUAUCGAAAAAUCUAUUUGGUUAAGUUUAGAAUGUAAUGGGAUAUCAACAUCGUUUGCAUUAAACAACUGGAUUGCUUUUGCCAGUGACGGAGCAAGUGUAAUGACGGGUAAGAAAGCUGGAGUUGCUACUAAACUACGCGAAAAAAUUCCGAAUCUAUUUACCUGGCAUUGUUUAUGUCAUCGCCUCGAACUCUCAGUACAUGACGUAAUAAAAGAUUGUACUGGAGUCUCUCGUUUCCAAAGUCUAAUGGACAAACUCUACGCUUACUAUCAUCAAAGUCCUAAAAAUUCAAUGGGUUUAGAUAAAUCUUGUGUUGAAGUAGGCAUUGAAAUGAAAAAAAUAGGUCGUGUUUUGAAUGUACGCUGGUCUGCAAGCAGUUUUCGAACUAUAAAAGCCAUAUGGAAUAAUUAUCCGGGAAUAUAUUUACAUGUUAGUAAAACACAUGAUGUGACAUCAAAUGGCAUAAAAAAAAAUUAG